AUGACGUCAUCGGCGCGCGUCCUGGACGGAUUGAGCAUUUUUGGACAGGACUGUUUACGUUAUCAUCCAGCGGUGUGUAAGUGUCCCGUUUCAUUGUAAAAUCGGACAAGUGAGGAAACAGGCGAGGGGAGUAAGUGAGUAACGCGGGGAGUUAGUUGACACAAUCUGUGGACCUGUAGAACAGCAGCAACACAUGAGUUAAGGGGGCCAGCUUCGUUUAUGCUGACUAAGAAGGCUAUGCUGGAUAGAUUCAGACAGCAUUAAAGCUGGAGGGAAUAUGCCAGGAGUUCAAGAGGGGGGGUUGAGAAUCCUGCUACUACGCUUCUUGCUCCUGUCACCUUAAAUAAUGGAGGAGCCUCAUAUUCACUGCAUGUCCUGCAUAAGCAGAAGAUGCAUGGUCAAACCUGAACCUGGCACUUCCUGUGACCUCAUCAGCUGCCCUCUUGUGUGUGGUGCUGUCUUCCACUGCUGCAAGGCUAUUGAACACAAGCUGCUGUGCCCGCUUGAAAGGGUGCCAUGUCUUAACCAAAGCAUCGGAUGCCCUUUUACACUGGCCCGUGGCCAGAUGGCAGAGCACCUUGAGGUGUGUCCUGCAGGUGUGGUGUGCUGCACUAUGGAGUGGAAUAGGUGGCCAGUGAAUGAUGAAGAUUAUCGUUCGUAUGAGAGACUGAGUCAAGAAGCAGAUGAGGUGGAGCAGCUUGACAUGGCACUCGCCCUUCAGGACCAGCGCACCAUGUUAGCGUCACUCAAACUCGUCUCUCUGGCUCCCACCAGUGGCUCAGAGAACAAGACUCAGCCACCAAAACAAAGCGAAAAGCCUGGCAUAGUCUCAGUUGCUCAGGCUCCAUGUGUGCAGGUGGAGAGUGUUGAGAUGGAGCCUACGGCUGGCUGCUCAAAAGACAAGAUUUCCAAUGGGAUUAACGGUCUAAAAGAAGAACAUUAUGGGGAGCUCUACCAAACCACAGUAGAGACGACCAAAAGCCUGGCCGCAGCUCUCAAUGUCCUGAUCCACCUUAAUUCUUCAGAAACCGACGGUACAGCCACUAAUGCAUCAGCUGGACUUACAGAGCGCAAUGGUGAACUGAAUGAAAAGAUGAGGAUGAGAGAAGAUGCCAGGUUCAGUUGUGAUAAAAUAGCUAGUGGAGUCAAUGGCCUAAAGGAGGAGCUACAGCCUCAACAGCACCAGAAACUCAUGGAGCUUGGCAGAAGCUUGGCAUCUGCUCUCGGAUCACUAGGAGAUGCUGUCAAAGGCACUGAGACAAUUAAUGGUCCGAUAGUAAAUGACAGUGGUAUGCUCAUUCAGUCAGAAACCUUGGAGUCUGCAGAUGUUGAAAUGAAGGAUGUUAACUCGGCGGUUGAUGGUGAGUCUGGGGCUGUUGGGAGAUUUGAUGAUGGAGAAACCGCUUUAGAUGUUCUUGCUCAUGAGGCAACAGGUGAGUGUAGCCCAGUCAUGUUGGAAGACAUCGAUAGACAAGGGUUCUGUAAUGGCUCUCAUAGUAUUGUGGAUGACUUAAUGGAAUCGACCACUGAACACCAUCAAAACCCAGAGUCCCAAGGUUCUUGGGAAUUUGUUGGUCCUUUAAUUCCCCAUAGGCCAGAGAUCAGACAUGACCAACAAGCUUUCUUGAUCCAGGAGGCCUGUGGAUCACAAGCUCCAUUACUGCAGCAACCUAUACAUGCUCAGAUUUUGACCAUCCAGAGAGACAGUGCUGUACCAAUGAUGGCAUUGGAUUUUGAAGACAGGACUUUUGAGAGGAAACUCCAAAACCUUCAGUUGCUGCGCAACUUUAUGCCACUUGCACUCAAUGGACGGAAGGGACCAUUUACCGAAGUCUUUCCUCAUAGAAAUCCACAUUGCAAAAUGGAGGACAAAGCUGUGGACACAUCAGAUUUAGAUCAGGAACCAGUGGAUGACCCCAUGGGACUUGGCGAAAUUGACUUUACGGCAGCCGCUCUUCUGUUCUGCUUAGAAGAGUCGCCACGAGCUCGGAGGAUAUCGGACACAGUCUAUGGGUUUGGGGGCUCACGUGUUGACUUCGGCACCCAGACGUUUAGUUUCCCCGCUGCCAUCUUGGCAACAAGUACGAUGGUCGGCGAGGUUGCAUCCGCUUCUGCUUGUGAUCGAGCCGCUCCACGCCUUUCACAACCAAGUCCGUUUUGCACUCUACGGCUUGAUCUUACCUUGGAGCAGCUAGUUCCUCGCCCAAGCUGGGCCCCACGCGAGGGCUCCAUGUUUACCUUUGAGUGCGGCCAGCUCUUCCGUCGAGAAGAGUUCCUCUCACAUUUUCGCAAUGUUCAUGGAGAAAUACACUCUGGACUCAAUGGCUGGAUGGAGCACCGUUGUCCGUUAGCGUAUUAUGGCUGCACAUACUCCCAACGCAGAUUCUGCCCUAACAAUCAAGGCUCGAAGGUAGUUCAUGACCGCCACCUCAGGUCCUUCGGGGUGCAACCCAUUUCGGAACCUGUGACUCAACCCAAGUGUGAUCACCUUAGUGGAUUGCCGUUUGAAGUACUUCAACAUGUAGCACGAUUUCUGGAUGGCUUUAGCCUAUGUCAGCUGUCAAUGGUGUCUCGUACCAUGAGGGAUGUUUGCGCUAGUCUGCUGCAGACUCGUGGCAUGGUGGUAGUACAAUGGGAAAAGAAGCAAUAUUUGGAUGGAAGACGAACCUGGCAGAUAAAAGACAAGGUUUGGCGUUUCAGCACAGCCUUUAGUCCAGUUAACCGCUGGGAGUUUGCGGACAUCUCUAGCAUGUCAGACCAUCUGAAACGCUGCCCAUACAAUGAAGCUCUCCGGCAAGUGGAGGCGGUUCCUCUGCCCUGCAUGUGCACGACCAGAGAGCUAACACGAGACGGCAGAUCGCUUCGAUCAGUUCUCAAACCAGUAUCAUAA